UGAAGAUACUUACUCUUCACUCUUCUGUUUUUCAAGAUAACAGGGUAGAGAGCAAAGAUGGUCGAGGCUUUCUGUGCUACCUGGAAGCUGACAGAUAGUAAGAAUUUUGACGAGUAUAUGAAAGCCCUAGGAGUUGGUUUUGCCACUAGGCAGGUGGGCAAUGUAACCAAACCAACAGUGAUCAUCAGUCAGGAGGGGGACAACGUGGUGAUCAAAACUCAAAGCACUUUUAAAAACACAGAGAUUAGUUUCCACCUGGGAGAAGAAUUUGAUGAAACCACUGCAGAUGACAGAAAUUGUAAGUCAGUUGUUAGCCUGGAUGGAGACAAACUCAUUCAUGUACAAAAAUGGGAUGGCAAAGAAACAAACUUCAUAAGAGAAAUUAAAGAUGGCAAAAUGGUUAUGACUCUUACUUUUGGUGACGUGGUUGCUAUUCGCCACUAUGAAAAGGCAUAGGAAGAUACCUCAUCUGCAGUUGAAUAUGGGAUCUAAUUUUUCUAUUUACUCAAGUUGCAGUGCUAUACUGUUAUUCCAGUAGGCAACUGAUCACC